AUGCCAUCCUUUCAGAUGCACCCCAGUUUUGCGGGGCAGAGCAUCCGCACCAAUCCGUGGAGGCCGACGCAGCUUAUCCUCUCUGCCUCUCAGAACUUCGGCAUUGUGGGCUCUGGUAAGGUGUACGUCGUCGAGGCCGCCACGGGUUUUCAGGCGGGCUCACCGGUCUCCCUCGUCGGAUGCUGGGGUACCUCCGACGGCGUCUUCGACGCGUGUUUUAGCGAGGUCGAUCAGAACAUCGUAGUGACCGCUUGUGGUGAUGGCGUGAAGGUGUACAGCUUAGCGAUGAGUCUCAACCGGGAUGGCGUCAUGCCCCUUGUGCACAACGCCGAGCACCAGGCAGAGGUGUCGUGUGUCGUGUGGAACUCAGGCCGCCGAGACACCUUCUACUCCGCCAGCUGGGACACUACCAUCAAAAUGUACAGCGCGGCGAAGCCGGAGGCGUCGAUAGUGACGAUGCAGGAGCACUUCAAGGAGGUGUACGAGGUGGCCACGACGGGGCACAGCCCGUCUUCGAUCCUGUCCUGCUCCGGUGACGGCUCGUGGAAGCUGUGGGAUACCCGCACCCCGCAGCGGUCUGUACUGACACAGAUGGCACAUCAGAAUCAAAUCGUGCUUUCCAUCGACUUCUGCAAGCGUGAUCCGAACAUCUUCGCGAGCGGUGGCGUCGACCGUACCGUCCGCAUCUGGGACGCUCGCCGACCCAACCAGCCGCUGGUCUCCUUCCCUGGCCACGACCAAGCCUGCCGCCGUGUUCGGUUCUCGACCCACAAUCCGUCCAUGCUUGCCUCCUGCGGCUAUGACAUGCGCGUAUGCGUGUGGGACCUCUCGAAGCCGCAACAGCCCUUGACAGCCCGCUAUCAGCACCACCGAGAGUUUGUCGUCGGCCUUGAGUGGUCGCAGGCCGCGCCGAAUGCCCUCGUCUCUACCUCGUACGAUGGAUUGGCCUUCUUCUGGUCUGUGGGCCAGGCAGCGACGCCGUCGCUGCCGACCCAGCAGCUGCCCCAGGCCAUGCCGCCGCCGCGCGUGCCUCGGCCGCGCACGAAGGUGUUGCCAGGAUUGCCAGAGCCCGGCAUGCCGAUAGCGAUGCCGGCGGCGUCUCCGCCGCGAUCCCCUCGGUAA